UAGUCUAAAUUAUUAUUCAGAAAAGUAUGAACUCGGAAUUUAAUUUUAUAGAUGAAGGCAACAAUUCUGUUCAUCACAGUCUUUCUCUUCCUCGGGGCUUAUUCACAAGAGACUGAAAUUGAGGAUAAAUUAGAAAAUACUUCGCUGAAGAAAACUCAAGCUACGCCAGUAAAGAUAAUAAUGUUGGCGAUAUGAGUAUCUGCUGCUCUAUAUGCUUUAAGCUAUCUCAAUACAAAGCAUAGAAGAUAUUGUGAGAGAGUAAUCAUGGAUGAAGACUUUGGGAAGGUCCCAAUGUACAAAAUUAACCCUAAAGAAAUAGCUGAUUUUUCUUCAAAACUUGAACUUUAUUGUGACGACAAGCAAAGCGGAAUCCUUGAUCUAGCUGAUGAGCAGGAGAAGGAACCUGAAAUCUAUGAGAUGGCUUACUACCAAAGCACUGAUAAGAAAUCCCAGGUUACAUCUGAACCUUCUUUCAUAAGCAAUGCAAGUGUCAGAACUGCCGAUGAUCUUGAGUUGCAUGGAUUUGACAGGGACCAGAAUGAAUAUGAUAUCCCUUUCCCAAAACUUGCAAAGUGGGGAGUGCUAGGAAGACUAUUCCAAAGUGAGAGGGAGUCAUUGCUCUAAAACUCCGAUCGUUUCUAUUCUCUUUGAUUCAACUUUAAC